AUGUGGUUGGUUGGUAUUUGUGUAUACAUAUAUAAAAGAAGAGAAUAUGUGUGUAUAUUUUUUCAAGCGCAACUUGCAAGAUAAUUCACGUUUAUCAGUUGAGUUUGUUAACUGCUUGAGAUAAGUGAGAACAAUAUGCCUACUUACAAAUUAACAUACUUCGACCUCAAAGGAAUAGGAGAGCCUUUGAGACUUCUACUAAGCUAUGGGAACAUAAAAUUCGAAGAUGUCCGAGUGUCAUUUGAAGAAUGGCCUGCACUUAAACCAAAGAUGCCAUUUGGUGUAAUGCCGGUAUUGGAGGUCGACGGAAAGGAACUGCACCAGAGUUUGGCACUUUCGCGCUAUUUGGGAAAACAAUUCGGGCUCGGGGGCAAAAAUCUAAUGGAGGAGUUGGAAAUUGACUCAAUAGUCGAUACCCUGAACGAUUUCAGAUAUAAAUUGACGAUGGCCUAUUGGGAACAAGAUGCGGCUGUAAAGGAGAAAAAAAUGAAAGAAGUACACGAUACACUCAUCCCAUUUUAUACAGAAAAACUUGAUAAAAUAGCGAAGGCUAAUAACGGCCAUUUAGCUCUUGGAAGACUAACUUGGGCCGACUUUGUUUUCGCCGGAGUUAUCGAAUAUAUGAGUUUCAUAUCUGGAACAGAUUUCCUUGGAAAAUAUGCAGGAUUCAAGAGUGUCUUUAAUAAUGUUGCAAAUUUGCCGAACGUGAAGGAAUGGAUCGCCAAGAGGCCAAAAACUGAUUUGUUGUUAACUAUGGCUUCUUAUAAGUUGACAUACUUCGGCGUGAAAGGAAUUGGCGAAGCUUUAAGAUUUUUGUUGAGCUAUGGCGGUGUUGAAUUUGAAGAUGUUCGUGUCACAUUUGAUCAAUGGCCCUCCUUAAAACCAAAAACUCCUUUCGGUGUCUUACCUUUGUUGGAAAUUGAUGGUAAAGAGUGGCACCAGAGCUUGGCACUUUCGCGCUACUUGGGUAAAAAAUUUGGACUUGGAGGUAACAACGAUCUAGAAGAUUUGGAGAUAGAUGCCAUUGUCGACUCCGUUAAUGACUUCAGAAUAAAACUAUCAGUAGCUUAUUGGGAAAGCGAUCCGGACGUUAAAGAAAAAAAGAUGAAAGAAGUUCACGAAACGAUUGUACCUUUCUAUUCAGAGAAAUUCGAAGAAAUUGCAAAGUCUAACAAUGGACACAUGGCUCUUGGACGAUUGACAUGGGCUGAUUUUUACUUUGCUGGAGCAGUAGAAUACAUGAGCUUCGUUUCAGGAACCGAUUUUCUUGGACAAUUUCCUGGAUUAAAAAGCGUUUUUGAUAAUGUUACCAGUUUGCCUCAGUGCAAAAGUGGAUGGAGAAGAGACCUCAAACUGAUCUUUAAUUUGAUAUUAUUACUUAUAAGGGUUUUGCUAUAAAUGUUCAUUCAAAAUGUUGUUUUAAAAUGUGUAUUUGUAAUAAUUUAAAUAACCCUCUAUAAAUAAUUUAUAGAGAUUA